GCAUAGGCAGCCCAUAGUUGUACAGAUAUAGGCUGGGCCGUAUCAAGUUUGAGCAGGCAGGAAGGGCAGUUUCUAGAAGGACCAGGCCAGCCUCAAACGCUGUAUAGGAUAAAGAAGAAAACCUGAUUGAUAAUGACAAAAAUGCAUAGCGCGCCGGAUCAAGCGUCCACAACGCCAAUUAGAGUUGAGUCGGCGCGAUCGUCGGGCGUAGAGGAGGAGGCGCGCUCGGGAGCCGCUGGGCAGGCGGAUGAGGAUGCAGUGAUGGUGGCGGAUCAGGGCGGCGAGGAGGAAGGGGAGGCCGGAGACCAUGGCGGGGAGCAGGCGGAGGGGUUGGUUGAGUCGGCACCAGCUGCCGUGCCGACUGCUGCCAGUCCCAUGGCUGCUGCUGCAGCUUCGGGCACCUCUGAUGGAGCUCACCGCGCUCGCAGUGGCGGUAUCAGCCCCAUCCUUCCCAUUCUGGCCGUUGCGGCUGCCGCAGCUGGCAUCUGGCUCAUCCGCCGCGCCCGCAACGGCAGUGCCGGCGGCACCGGUGCCUCCGCCUCCGCCGGCAAGGCUGCUGGCAAGGCCUCCGCAGGCGGUGCCUCCCGCCCUGGCACCCGCAAGGGCCGUGGCGGCGCCGCAGGCUCCGCCGCCGCCUCCAGCACCUCCGCCCCAGCGCCGCCGCCGCCUCCCCCGGAGCCGGUCGACCCGGACACAUUCGAAAUCCUGGCGGCGGCGGUGCCGGAGGCGGCCGCCGCCGCCACUGCCAAGCCCAGCGGCUCGCUGCCGCUGCCGCUGGGUGGUGUACGGCUGGUGGUGGGUGAGGACGUGGACUUGCUGGGGGCGGCCACCAGCCUGGGGGCGCCGGAGGCAGUGCUGGCGGAGGCCGCAGCGGCCAGCUGCCCCGCCGUCACGAAGCUGCAGGCUGCAGGCGCCGUACUGGUGGGCAAGACUGCCGUACAGCCGCUAGCGAUGGACGUGCUGGGUGCCAACUACGGCAACCCGUAUAACAAGGCGCACGUGGCGGGCGGCGGCAACACGGGCGCGGCGGCGGCCAUCGCCACUGGGGCCGCGCAGCUGGCGGUGGUGAGUGACGCGCUGGGCAGCGCGUGUGUGCCGGCGGCCUGCUGCGGCGUGUACUGCUACCGAGCGACGCCGGGGGCGCUGGGGCAGCCCAACGCGGCGGCUGCGGCGGCGGCGGCGGGCGGUCAGCCGGAGGGGUGGCAGGAGUCGCUGGCGGUCAUGGCGGCCGACCCCAACGUACUGCUGAAGGCGGCGCAGACGCUGGGCGCACCGGGCAGCUUCAACCUGCGCGGCGAGAUCGUGCGGUUCGUGGUGGCGGAGGACCUGUUCGCUGCCUGCGCCGUGGAGUACCAGCCGGCGGGGCUGGCCAUCAAGCGGGCCAUCCUCAAGUGGGCCGGCAGCGAGCAGGCGGGCGCGGUGCAGCUGUGCAGGUUCCUGGCUGAGAACUCUGCUGGCUGGCAGUCGCUGCAGCCAGACGCGCUGCUGGCGGACAUUGGCGGACUGCCUCCGGGGCUGGCGGCAUGGGCGUCGGCGGCGCGGCUGCUGCGGAGCGCGGGGCUGCGGGUGGCGCUGCCUGGGCUGGCGGCGGCAGAGGAGGAACCGAAGCAGGCGGAGAAAGAGGAGGGGCAGGAGGGGGCGGAGAAGGCGGAGGGCGAGGAGGAGGGGGGCGCAAAUGGCGAGGCGAAGGCGGCGGCGGAGGGCGAGGAGAGAAAGGAAGAGGGCGAGGCGAAGCCAGCGGAGGAGGCAGCGGCGGCAUCGAGCGCGGACGCGGAGGCUGGGGCUGAGGGCCGCCCGCCGCGGCGGCAGCUGCUGCCGGCGGCGCCGAGCCCGGAGCGCCUGGCGGCGGCGCGCGAGGCGGCGACGCAGUUGUACGACACGCUGCGCCACACCGUCAAGCCCGACACCGUGAUUGUACUGCCGGUGGUGCCGGCGGCGCCGCCGCGGCGGCGGUCGGCUGUGUCCACUCCCGAGGGCGCGGCGUUCGAGGCGUUGACGCACUGCUUCAACAGCCUGGCCUCGCUGGCGCAGUGCCCAGUGGUGGUGGUGCCGCUGGGCACGGUGGCGGACGGCACGCCGCUGGCGGCAGCGCUCAUGGGCUGCGCCCGCUUCGACGCGCGGCUGCUGGCGGUGGCUGCCAAGAUGGGGCCGGUGAUGGCGGAGGCGUUCGAGGGAGUUAAGGAGGGACUGGCGGAGGCGGUCCGGAAGCAACAGGAGGCGGAGGAGGCGGGCUCUGCGCCUGCGGCCGCGCCCUCGUCCUCAGGCGCAACCUCCGCAGCCUCCGCGCCGCCGGCGGGCAGCCGCAGCGGAGCAUCGGCUGCAGCCGGCAGCGGCGCGGCCUCUGCCUCCGGCUCCUCGGGCGGCGGCGCCGCCCCGGCUGCGGUGGAUCCUCGGCGAGUGGAGCGGGCGGAGCGGUUCAAGGGCCGCGGCAAUGAGCUCUUCAAAGCAGGCAAGUUCGCUGACGCACUGACGGAGUACAGCAAGGCCAUCAAUGAGCACCCCGACAACCCCGUCUACUACAACAACCGCGCCAUGGCGUGCCUCAAGAUCUUCCGGUUUGAGCAGGCGGAGGAGGACUGCAACCGGGCGCUGCGGUUCGACCUCAAGGAGGCAGACAAGGCCAAGGCGCUGCUGCGGCGCGCCACCGCCCGCAGCGCCCUGCAGAAGUACGGCGAGGCGGAGAAGGACCUGCGGGCGGUGCUGGCGGUGGAGCCCAACAACCGGCAGGCGCGGGAAGACCUCACGCACCUGCAGCAGAUGAAGGCCGACAUGGCGGCGGCGCAACAGCGCAUGGUGCAGGAGUUCGCGGCGCAGAGGGCCAUGGCGCCCGGGGCGGCGGCGGCGGCGGCGGCGGCCGCAGCCGGCGGGCGCGCUGGCGGCGGCGCCGGCGGCUUUGACCCGGCCGCUGAGCUGGGCUUGCCGCCUGGGCUGGACUUCUCGCAGGUGGUGGCGGCGGGCGGCCCGGAGGCGUUCCUACAGCAGAUGAUGCAGCAGGCGAAUGGCGGCAUGCCGCGAUGAAGGAGAGCAGCCGAGGGGCGACGGGAAGGGUGGGGGAGGGCGCUUGUCUGGAGUGGGAGUGUUGGGAGAGCGGUGGGACGGUGUUAAGGCAGUGUUGGGAGGAAGGUUGCAUGUCGGGGGAAUGGGUGUUGUGGCGUUGGGGGUAAAUGUUGAACCAAUCCCGGCGUUGGGGCAAGAGGCAGGCUGUGCGCGAGUGGCGGAGCAGGGAGCUGGGCAGGUGCUGAGCGUGACGGACAGGGAGGGCGCGGCAGGGCGGAAGCCUAGAAGGACUGCGAGACCGUGUGUGUGAAGAACAAUUUGCGGCGUUGCUUGCAUGCGGGGACAGGGGUAUAGUGCAUUCUUGAAGGAAUUCCUCCGCCUUGUUCUUCGGGUUGGCUCCCACACAGCGCAAACCCUACCGGCACCUCAUGGUCCUCUUCACUCUCUGCAGCAUGCAACAGCAGGCAAAGCAGCAGAGCAGGCGAACGUAGUGAGUUUGAAGCGCCUUCAUGGCUUUACCUUCCUGUGCUUCAGCACUGCCAAGACCACUAGAACUUCAGAAGCUCAAGGAGCGCCGGUGUCAAAGAUCCGGCUGAUCUAU